AUGUUAUGUCCCUCAGUUGAAGCUGUGAGCCAAUUCUACAGCAAUUCUGACCAUAAACAUCAUGUUCAUACAUGGCUUACCAAAGCACGGGUUGCCAAAGAAGCAUGGGCAUUUGUGUGGGAGUUGCUUGAACCUCAGAAGAGUGAACAGGUUCAGUUUUUUGCAGCAAGCUGCUUGUAUCAGAAAAUAACAAGCCAUUCGCAUGAAGUUUCUGCUAGUGACUAUGAAGUUCUUAAAAAGAAACUCCUGGAAAAGUUUGUGGCAUUUUCUGAGGGCCCUAAAAUGGUAUUUACAAGGUUGUCUGUAGCAUUGGCCUCAGCAAUUCUUCAAACUUUACCUGAAAUGUGGCCCCAGUCAAUAGCCAAUCUCAUUGAAACAUUCAACCCAACAAAUUUUCCAAAUGUCAGUGAGAGAAACCUAUGCAAGGCACUUCUGGAAAUUCUUACAGUUAUUCCUAUUGAGUUUUUCAGUGUUUCCUUUAUCCAGUAUCGAAGGGGAGUGAUUAAGAAUACUCUAAACACAGGACUUAAGGAUGUAAUUGCGCUCUUACAGCGCCUGAUCUCAGCAUCACCCACAGAUGUACAGCUAGAGGUUCUGACAUGCAUGAACUCCUGGGUGGAAUUUGGUAUCCCAUUAAAUGAAUCAGAACAGCUCAUUAUUCAAACAUUUGACUUGUUACACAAACCUGAACUUUAUGAAUCAAGUGCGGAUGUCUUGUGUGUAGUGUUCAGUCAUCCAGACUCACAUAGAUUUCCAUAUACAAUACAAAAGCUGUCACCUCACAUCUUAGAAUUACAACCUGUGCUUAAAACGUUAAUAGAAGAAAGAAAACUGGAGGAAUGUGCCCCUAUAUGUCAGCUUGUUAUGGCAAUAGCUGAAACUCAUUCAAAGUUAAUCCUUAAUUCCUUCAUUUCAUCUGAUGAGACACAACAGCAGAAUUCUUUAAAUCUCAUCUAUAUGGUGAUGACUUGCACAGGUUUACCUGGUUAUUUUCCAGUUGAUGAAACUUCCAGUCAAUUAACUUUCAACUUUUGGUAUUCCAUCCAGGAUGAAUUAGUUGAUGUUGGGGUUAAUGUCAACUCACAUUUGAUGCCAAUAUUUCAUGAAAUCUACAGUAAGUUAACAGAAAUACUCCUGAGAAAAGUGCAGUACCCACCAGAGUCAGAAUACAGAUUAUGGUCUUCAGAUCAAAAAGAACAGUUCAGAUGUUAUCGGCACGACAUUGGUGAUACAAUGAUGUAUUCUUUUACAAUCCUGCAAGAUUUUCUCUUACCCUAUUUAUGGACAGUGCUCAACACUUCCGUACAGAAUGGAGAGCAGUGGCAGGUAUUUGAGGGCAUUUUCUUCUUGUACACAGCAAUUGCUGAAAGAGUAGAAUUGACUGAAAAGACAUACCUGCCGGCCCUCUUAAACUUUCUUCCCCAGGUUCCCAUUACCCACCCUAUUCUUAUUGCCACAACACUUGGAAUGAUUGGUUCCUAUGCAGAAUGGUUAAACUGGAAUCCCAAUAUACUUCAGUCUGUGAUCCCAAUGCUCCUGCGAGCACUUCAGAAUACAGAAGUUGUCACUCCGGCAUCUUUAGCCCUUAAAGAUAUUACAAGAGAAACCCAUGAUCAUAUUCACCCAUUUGCUGAUCAAAUACUAACUGCAUGUUGGACUAUGUUGGAGAAAAAUUUAAAGUCCAAAGAUGCUGUAAGAAUGAUGGCUAUCGCAGGACAUGUACUCAGCACCCUCAAUUUCACUGAUAUCAUGCAGUACUUGGACAAGUUACUUGCCCCACAAAUGUGGGCACUUUCACAACUAGCGAAAGAAGAACCUAAUAGCACAGUGCAGGAUGCUAUUGUGCAGAAGCUAGAAAUGCUCAGUUGGCUUAUUUCAACGAUCACUUCUGAACGAGGAGAAACUGAAGAGGUAGUCCAGGAGAACCAUCAUCAGAACUCUAGUCAGUCUAAUCCUAAUCCUGUUUUAGUGAUAAUGCAAAGAGUUGCUCCAAUUCUUCAGGAUUUAAUGAUCAAAUGGACAACAAAUGCAGUCGUUAUACAGUCUGUCUGUGAGUUAUUUCGGAAAACUCUUCGUGCAUUGAUGGAUGAUUUUGCUCCCUUAGCAAAUGACUCUUUCCAAAUGUUUACCCAAAUGUACCAUGCUUACCCACAUUCAGCCAUUCUGGGUAUAGCAAAACACGCUAUUUUGAUGUUUCACCGAGAUGAGACUCUUCAGACAUCUGUGAAAGAACUUCUUGGGGUAUUGACAGUCAAAAGUUUGACUGUUUUGCACAAUGAUUUCAGGGAACACACAGAUAUUGUUGAAGGACUGAUGAAUCUUUGGGCACAGAUUAUUAAAAAGUCUCGGUUGCUGGUAUCAACUCAAGGAGAUUUUGAUUUGGAAAGCCUUUUUCAAUCAGCUGUUCUUGGUUUAGCCUUACCAGAAACUUUCACUAUAAAAGCUUCAGCCUAUUUCUUACAAGAAUUUUUAAUUAUGGGGAAUGAGGUGCCAUGGGUGAAAGAACUUAUUCAAAAGUAUGGUGGAGAUAUGAUUAUUCAGGUGCUGAAGGCGAUUGAAGGUGGAUCUUCACGUACAGCACUUGAUCAGUUUGCUGAUCUUCUCCUUUGCAUAAACAAACAUCAAAUUGAUGAACUUACUAAAUUUGUGUCCAACUUGAACAAAACUUGCCUUCCGCUAGCAAUGCAAACCAUGGAACAGCGAGAACAGUUCUGUCGUCACAUACUCAGGGAGAAAUCCAACCGAAGGAAAGUGCGUGAAUUUGUGAAAGAAUAUUAUAUGCAGUGUCAUGGAUUGAUUGGCACUGAAUAUGGCAACCAGUGGGCUCAAUCAAUUUGA